ACGCAUACCGGCGCGCGCGCAAAUACGUGUGUACGUGCGCGCGCGCGCGCGCGUGUGUAUACAUAUAUGUAUAUAUAUACGCAUGGUGCAUACAUAUCUAAAUAUCUAAUAUAGUACAUCCGAGUUCAUACAGGCGCACAGGGAACCAAUAAAUAGCCGCGUUUGUGUAAAAUUGACCGGAUUAAUAACUUGGCAAAUGUUGUUUUUUUAACGUAGAUAAUAAUAUUUUAUUUAACAAUGGGUAUAUUAGAAAAAAUAUCUGAGAUUGAAAAGGAAAUCGCAAGAACGCAAAAAAAUAAAGCAACGGAAUACCAUUUAGGGCUUUUGAAGGCAAAAUUAGCGAAAUAUAGAUCACAACUACUAGAGCCUGCAAAGAAGUCGGAGAAAGGAGAAGGUUUUGAUGUAUUGAAAUCUGGCGAUGCAAGAGUAGCAUUAAUCGGCUUUCCAUCUGUGGGAAAAUCUACAUUAUUAAGUACAUUAACGCAUACGGAGUCUGAAGCUGCAUCGUACGAAUUUACUACUUUAACUUGUAUUCCUGGAGUUAUAGAAUAUAAAGGUGCAAAUAUCCAAUUGCUGGAUUUACCAGGUAUAAUUGAGGGAGCUGCACAGGGUAAAGGAAGAGGUAGACAAGUUAUAGCUGUCGCUAGAACGGCGGAUUUAGUAUUAAUGAUGCUAGACGCGACAAAACAAGAUGUACAACGACAACUUUUAGAAAAAGAAUUGGAAUCUGUUGGCAUACGACUUAAUAAGAAAAAACCUAAUAUAUAUUUCAAGAUUAAAAAGGGAGGUGGAUUGGCUUUUAAUUCGACGUGUCCAUUGACCAAAGUCGAUGAAAAAUUAGUUCAAAUGAUAUUACACGAGUAUAAAAUUUUUAACGCGGAAGUAUUAUUUCGGGAGGACUGUAGCGCGGAUGAAUUGAUUGAUGUUAUUAAUGCAAAUAGAGUAUAUCUACCAUGUCUUUAUGUAUAUAAUAAAAUAGAUCAAAUAUCGAUAGAAGAGGUAGAUAGGAUCGCAAGACAACCGAACAGUGUCGUAGUAAGUUGUAAUAUGAAGUUAAAUCUUGAUUUCUUAUUGGAAACCCUUUGGGAAUAUUUAUCUCUCAUAAGAGUAUACACAAAGAAACCAGGCCAGCCGCCUGAUUUUGAUGACGGACUGAUACUGAGAAAAGGCGUCACGGUAGAACACGUUUGUCAUUCUAUUCAUCGUACGCUCGCUCAACAAUUCAAAUAUGCUCUCGUUUGGGGUACAAGUACUAAGUAUUCACCCCAAAGGGUAGGAUUGCAACAUAUUAUGCACGACGAAGAUGUUAUACAAAUUGUUAAAAAGUAAAUUUAAAUUAGAGUACUAUUAAAAGAAAAGAAAAAAGCUAAAGAACGGGAAAGAAAAUUAUUAUAAACGCCAAUACAUUUCUCAUUUCAUCCGAUCGAUUCUCAUCAAUUCAUAUCUUUUAUUUGCGUUGAGAAAAAUAUUCUUCGCGGUUCUUUUUUAUCACCAUCCUUGAAGAAUUAAUCUAAUGUAUACGAUCGAAACAUUAUAGAGACUUUUGUUUUGAAAAACACUGUAAUAAAAUUGUUGUACAUCAAGAUUUUUUUAAUAAUAACCGAUAACGGGGCUCGUUGAGAAUA